AUGCCUGUCCCGCAAGAAGCAGUAAGGCAAAAAAAGAAAAUAGUUAGAAAGCAAGGAAAAACGGCUAUUCUAACAUCAUCGCCUUAUAAAGCAGAGUUAGAGGCCGCUGUUGCAAAAAAGCAAUUGGAAGAAAAAAUAAAAAAAGAACGAAAGGAAAAAAGAGAUGCAAAAGCAAAAGAACAGAAUGGAAAAGAAAACAACGGAAAACAAGUAAAGCAAAAGUCAAAAAAAUUAAAGAGAAAGCUAUCUUAUCCUUUCGAUGACAGUGAGAACAAUUCAGAAGAAAAUACCAAGAAAUCCCAACCCUCUACCACUAAAACUCCUAACUCAAAUAAAAUCCUUGAUUCUAAAAAUAAAAAGAAAAAACUGAUGAAGUCUCCGAUUCGAGCUCAGACGAAGAAGAGGCAGAAGUAG